AUGUUGCUUAACAGUCUAUCAAAGAUAUUUUCUGCAAUUACAGUGAUGAUGGGAUCAUCCCAAUCAUUAACUAUCGAUGAGGAUUUUAUUCUAAUUGGAGAUUACGAUGCUGUUUCCUUGUACAAUUCAACAGAAUCCUUUAAUUUUACAUAUUCCGCUAGCGACUUAAAUGUCUAUCAACUCUCGACAACUAAUAACUCAAUAACGGUCUUACCCGAUACAAAACUCCCCGGUGUUCCUUCAAUUUGGCAGCUGAUAAAUAACUCCACCUCUAUCAUGAUUAUUGAUAAUAAGCCAUAUAUAUAUAAUUUUCAGAAUUCCUCCCUGGUUCAGUUGAAAAAUUGGAACAAUAUAAAAGGUGACAUCAAAUCCUUCUAUUAUGAUGAAGAUUUGAAAUCUUUUUAUUUUGGUGGAUCCAUAUCAUUUAAUGACACUCAUGGGAUUGUCCAAUAUGAUUACCAGGAGGAGCAACUUUUAUCUUUGCCGUUUGGAGGGUUUAAUGAAAACUCCACCAUAAAUUCAAUUGUUCAAUUAGAAGGUUCUAGUGACCUAAUAUUGGCAGGAUCCUUUAAUUCAAUUGGUUAUGUUGAGUUGCUCAAUAUCACGCUUAACGAAACUGAAACAAAUACCACAUCAUAUCGAAAUCAAACUGGUGUUAUAGACAUUUCUCAAAGCAUCCAAAUUUUAUCUCAAGACGUUUCUGCGAGUGUCGGUGAAAAUGCACAAGAUAUUAUUUGUCCAGUUACAGGAAACAAUGGCUGGUUGCUUUCCAAUGGUGAGCUAGGUACUUGGUCUGCGUCUUUACAAACCAAAGUUAGACCUUCCAAAAUAAGAUUAUAUAACUCAAACUCCGAAAACACAAGCGUUAAUACUUUCAGAAUUAUUACAUAUCCGGCGAACGGUAUCAUGAACAUGACAUAUAUCGAUCCGUAUGAUUUGCAAGAAAAGCACUGUGAUGCCUUCUGUCCUUUGUUUACUCACAACUAUGUAGAAAAUGGAUUCAAAAAUAACAGCAUUAGAAAUAACCAAUAUUAUAAGUUCACAAAUGAUAAUCAAACUAUAAUGGAAUUGACAGAUGUUUUCCAGGAUUUUGCAUUCGUUAAUCCCAUCGAAGUCGAAUCAUUUAGCGUUGAAAUUAUGAACUACCAUGGUUCAAAUGCCGAAUUGGCAGGUGUUGAAUUGUAUGGGAUGGGUAUUUCGGUUUUUGCUAAUAAUUCUCUGAACUUAGGAAAUUCAUGCUCGAGCUCAGGUGGCUAUCAUAUAUCUGUUAAUUCUGGGUCAUUAGGUGGUAUGUCCUGGAAAUCCGGAGGUUCAGGCGGUUUCCAAUAUUCAGAAGUACCUUCGAAUCAGGUAUCAAAUAAUAAGGGUAUCAGUUAUGACAUCAAUAUUCCAGUGUCUGGUAAGUACUCUGUUUUGAUGAAUACACCAGGUUGCUCUCAGGACAGUUCGUGUGGUAGUAGAGGUAAAGUAAAUGUCACGCUUUAUGAUAGUUUUGGUGGUCUACUUUCCCAAAACUUUGUUUAUCAAACCAACGAAUACGAGAAAUAUGACGUUCUAUACACGGGUAAUCUGGACACCGGGACUCAACCUGUGCGUGUUGAGAUGUCAUUGGUAGAGGAUUCUGAGAAUCCUGAUCCUCUUUAUGUGGUUGCUCAAUCCAUUCAAUUACAAUAUCUUCAACUUGAACUUAAUGAAGUGUUUGGAAACCACACAAAGAAAUACAACAAACUGGUUAACCAAACAAUUGGGUUGAACGGUAUUUUUGAGUAUUCUGCUUCCAAUUUCACUAAACAUAUUAGAAAUCCAAUUGGAAAUACAACCAUAAAUCAAAUAGGCUCUAUAUUUGAACAUGGUGCUACUAUCAACCAAGUGCUUUACAACGAGACUGGCGUUAUUUUAGCUGGUGACUUCAACUCAUCAUAUGGUAACGGGAUCUUGGGAUGGAAGAUUAAUUCAACAGAUUAUUUCACUAUUGACAAAGGAGAAUUCGACUCGGUUUCUCAAAUUUAUGGGCCGCUAAAUGAAUUUAUCAUUGCAGGUGAGUCUUCCCUUUACUCAAAAGCUGAAGUUUAUGAGAGUAAUACAGGAAGGAAUGAAAACCUCAAUGUCUCAAAUUCACAGCCUAUCACUGAUCUCUCUGGGUUUACAUUUAACGGUAGCGAGUAUGUCGUUAUUGGACAUUCGAAUUCUUCGGAGAUUAUGGAUUUCACGGCUAGCAUGUUGUUUUCAAAUUCAACCACCUUGGGUAUGAAUGUUCUGUCUUCACUCGAUUCCAAUAGAAAGGAUUGGAUGAUUGAUGAAUAUGUUGAUACUUCUUAUAUUAUUGGCACAAUACUCAAAUUUGACUUGGCUGCUAAUAACAUUGUCGAAUCUACUUCAAGAGGUCUGAGCCCUGUAAAUAUUACAACUUCACGUUUUACAGCGGGGGCAUUUAUUGACUCCCAUAGAUAUGCAAUAGCAGGCUCGAAUAUCUUCCUAAUUUCAAAUAAUAAGUCUUUCCCAUUGUUCGAGCAUUAUGAAUUAGAUAACACCCAAGUAGAUACAAUGAUCUUCAAUGGUUCUGAUUUGGUUAUUGCUUUUAAUGGUAGCGCAACUUUGAAUUCCCGUAAUAUCACCGGUCUGGCUUAUUAUAACCUAGAUUCUUCACAGUUAAUUACUUUGAACCAAACUUUUUCAGGUUCUCUCAAAAAGCUGACUGUUGAUCCUGAACUGGGUGCAACGAUUGGAGUUGGCUCAUUUUCUGUCGGAGAUUGUAGCACUAUCUGCUUCUUUGGAAACGAAUCUGAUCAUCUGUAUGUCAAAAAAUCUGUUCCCAAUAUAUCCGGAACAAUAAACGACGCUGAAUAUUUUAAUUUCCACAAUAUUCUGCUUGGAGGUAAUUUUACGAACAAAAAUGAGGAUUUUGGUUAUAUUGGAGUAUACGACACUCAGGAAGACGAAGUUAGAAUGAUGAAAAACUACUCCUCUCAGCUACCGGGUCCUAUAACUUCAUUCAAUUUUGUGGACGAGACUACUAACAACAAAACUCUGGAUGAUUUGAUUGUGGUUUCAGGUGAAAAUUACGUAGGAUACUUCAAUGGUUCCAAAUGGACGUCUUUGGUAAAUGGUUUGGAUGUGUCCCAUGGUAGCAUAUCAUCACUCUCCAUUCUCAACUCUACCUUAUCAUCUUUUCAUCAAAACAAAGUCAUAUUAUUAACCGGUGACCUAGCCAUAGAUGGGUAUGGUAACGUUACAAGCGCCGUUUACGACGGCACCAAAUGGACGCCAUAUGCCAUGUUUGCUACUAACCUCAAAGUUUCUGAUGCAAGGGCUCAGAAUAUUGUUCGUUUGUCUCCUAUCCAUGUAUUUAGUGGGAACUUUACGUCGCCGAUUCCUUCUUCAAGUCCCUCUUCGAUACCAACUUCGAAUUCCGAUAUCCAAAAUAAGACCAAAAAUUUUACCAACGGACAAGUCGUUGGUGUGGGAUUUGGUUUGGCGGUUGCAACCUUAAUGCUGAUUGCCGGUUUUGGUUUCUUACUCGUAGCAUUCACUAACAGAGAAGAAGAAAAAAUUGAGGGCUUGAAGUUGAUUGGUGAGGACCGGACAUAUCACAAUCAACAAAUGAUGGACGUCGUCGAUCCUGAUGAAAUUAUCAACCCAAACGUCAAAAAAGGAUGA